CUCCAAGCUGUCAGCACAGAGCCCGACGCAGGGCUCGAACUCAGGAACCGUGAGGUCAUGACCUGAGCUGAAGUCAGACGUUCAACUGACUGAGCCAUCUAGGCGCCCCUGGUUUGAUUACUGUAGUCAGAUUUGGAUAACCCUGUUAUGGCCUCAGAUAUUGGGCACUUGCGGCAGAAUUUCAGUAGAAGCCAGAGAAUCCAUAUCCUCCAUAGCACCACGGGUGGCAGCAGCCGUAUCUGUAGCCUCCCCAGCCACAGCCAUAGCUCAGGCCUCCAUAUUAGCUGCCGUAGUAGCUCAUCGUAUCAGGGAUGUUGAGUUUGGUUGGUUAUUCAAGGCAAGAUCCUGAGUGUGAGUUUCAGCAUGUGUAGAGGGAUGCUUAUAGACCUGGGUCAGAGCAUGUGAUAAAUCAUGUGUAUAUCUUUUUGUGUCAUUUUUAAAUUACCUACUUGAUAUUCAUUCGAUGUCCCCUGAUACAGGGUAGAUCCUCUUCAUUUCCAUUUUUGGGUGGGGUAGAAUAGUUAUUUUAGAAAGAGAGAGGUUCCAGUCUUCAGAACCUACGUUGGAGUUGCUUUUUUCAAGAUAGUGUUUUGUGUGUUGGACAUUUCCUGAGCUGUGCCUUCCCCUCUCUCUUCUUUUGAUAGUCGUUCUCUAGGCCAAGAGAGAUCUUAAACCCAGCAUUGAUGGUCUAAACAUUCCCAGUGCUGGCUGCUCUGAGGAGGAGUGCACAUGGCUGCUGUGGUUUCCUGGGACAGGAAUUAAACUGGCACCUGACAAGACAGGAGCAAGACAUGACGUGACAUGUCUGAGAAGACAGAAGAUUAAGUUAAAUCUCUUGAGCAGAUCUAGGGAGCCCAAGCUGUACCUUGAAAGUGCUUCUGGUUCCUUCAGCCUGGCCAGGAACAGGAAACUUUGGAGCUUAAACUUUUUUCUUAAUCUUUAUUUAGUUUUGAGAAAGAAUGUGAGCAGGGCAGAGUGAGAGGGGGACAGAGGAUCCGAAGCGGGCUUUGUGCUGAGAGCCGAGAGCCGGACACGAGGAUCAAACCCACAAACUGUGAGGUCAUGACUGGAGCUGAAGUUGGAUGCUUAACCCGCUGAGCCACCCAGGUGACCCAGGAACUUUGGAGUUUUCAAGCUAUACAAGCAUCCAUUGGAUUCGUUUAACUAGUCUGCUCUGUUUAUUCCCUUGACCUUGCUCUUGGCCCUGCUAAGGAGUCUACAGGCGUGCCUAGGUGGAACCCGGAUUUAAAGACUAGAGUUUAAUGAUAAACACCUGUUGCCGAGUUGUGCCCUGGGGGAACAGGUACGGAAUUGGGUAUUUUCUUCAUCUUCUAUUUAUUUUUAAUCUACGUUUGAUUUAUUUUUUUUAAAUCUGUGUUUUAAUAUCGACCGAAUUUGUGUCUGAUUGCUAACUUGUGAACCCACUGGAACUGCUAGCGUUGGGGGGAGUGGAGAUUGGGGAGGAGAAAACUCACCUGCACAGGUCUCCUCGCAGCCUGCCCCAGAUGCACAGACGCUUUAACUGAAGAGCAUUAUGGCCUAGCGAGCGUCCCCCGUGGGGCGGGAGGAUUGGGGGAGGCAGCAUUCUGUUCUCAUGCAUGGGUUGAUGCUUCCCCAUCUGCUUCUUUUGAACAAGUGUUUUUUCCCCCCGAGUGUGGUGGCCAGUCCCUGGAAGUGAUCAGGUUAACAUGCCCACUCAGCUGGAGAUUGCCAUGAACAUCAUGAUUAGAAUCUUCCACCAGUACUCCUGCAAGGAAGGGGACAGAUUCAAGCUCAACAAGGGGGAACUGAAAAUGCUCCUGCAGCAAGAGCUCACGGAAUUCCUCUCGUGCCAGAAGGAUCCCCAGUUGGUUGAUAAGAUAAUGCAGGACCUGGAUGCCAAUAAGGACAACGAAGUGGAUUUUAAUGAAUUCGUGGUCAUGGUGGCAGCUCUGACAGUUGCUUGUAACGAUUACUUUGUGGAACAACUGAAGAAGAAAGGAAAGUAAAGAUAAGUAGUAAGCUGACCUAA